UUUCGUCAUCAUGGUCCUAGAGCCGUCCCCCACCCUGCAGCCAGUCAAGAGCAAUCACCGUGUCUCACAGUAAAUGCAGCCGCGCACCGAGGCGCUUUUCCAGGCAUUAUCGACCAACUAUUAAUGUCCUGAAUCAGAUAUAAAGAUGGCCUCUCCUCAGCCUGGCAGCCCACCUCUCACAGAGCAGUACACCCCUCCUGCUCAGGAUGAAGAGAGCAAACAAGAGGAAGAGCUGAUGAGGGAUCAGCCUGCAAAAAAACGUGGCAGAGGCAGGCCUCCAAAGGCCAAACCUUCCUUCAAAUGCUCUGUAUGCACAGAGGCUUUCAGGAGUCUGUCCGCUCUGCAGAGCCACAAUCGUUCGGCACAUGUAAAGGACAGUCCGGAACAACACUCGUGUUCUCAGUGUGCUAAAACAUUCUCGAGCAAGGCUCAACUCUCAAAGCAUGAGCGCACUCACUCAGCCCAGCGCCCCUUUCAGUGUCCAGACUGUCACAAGGCUUACAAGACACCCACAGAGCUACGCAACCAUAGCCGCUCUCACACCGGGGAGAAACCAUUUGUAUGCAUGGAGUGUGGUAAAGCCUUCAUGCAAGCUAUAUGCCUGAGGAUCCAUAUGACACAGCAUAGUGGAGAGCGUCCUUACUCUUGCCGUCAGUGCUCUAAGAGCUACCCCACCCUGUCUAAACUGAAGGUGCACAUGCGCUCUCACACGGGAGAGAAGCCAUACUUCUGUUGUGAAUGCGGUAAGAGUUUUGCUGAUCCCUCUGUGUUCCGAAAACACAGGAGGAACCACCAAGGCCAUCGGCCGUACGCUUGCGAUGAGUGCGGGAAAACGUACACAGAGCUGAAGGACCUGAAAAACCAUGAGCGCUCCCACACUGGAGAAAAACCAUACCUGUGUUCAGACUGUGGCAAAGCCUUCUCCCGCUCCUCCUCCCUGGCCUGCCAUCAACGCAUUCACUCCCAGAACAAACCCUAUCAGUGCGAGCAGUGUGGUAAGGGCUUCACCCAGCUCUCUUCCUACCAGUCUCAUCUCCGCACUCACUCUGGAGAGAAGCCGUUCCUCUGCCCACAGUGUGGCAAGAUGUUUUCUGACCCUUCCAGUUUCCGUCGCCACCAACGAGCCCACCUGGGUUUCAAGCCAUACCCCUGCGAUAAGUGUUCCAAGAGGUUCCGGCAGCCAGCUGAUCUGGCCGUGCACGAGCGGGUUCACUCUGGAGAGCGGCCUUACAAAUGCCAGAGCUGUGACAAGGCCUUUGUAGCGUCCUGGGAUCUGCGGCGCCACAUGCUCGUCCACACAGGCCUUAGGCCCUUCUCUUGCACAGAGUGUGACAAGUCGUUUGCUGAGCGCUCCAGCCUCAACAAGCACCGGCGUGUGCACUCUGGAGAGAGGCCUUUCAAAUGUGAGGAGUGCUUGAAGUCAUUCGUGGUGUCUUCAAGCCUGCGCAAACAUGAGAGGACUCACCUAGCUGAGCAGACUGAGCAGCAGCAGCAGCAGCAGCAGCAACAGCAACAGCAACAGCAGCAACAACAACAACAACAACAACAACACGAGACAGAGGCCGGGUCAGCCUCAGGCUUUACUGCCCACACAACUCUCCCACAGUUCUCCUGUGCUCUCUGUGAUGUUACUUUUGGAAGCUGGGAUGAAGUUCAGGCACAUGAGAAUUUUCACUCCAUCGAAUCUGCUCCUCCGACUGUUACCAAAAUUGUGCCCAUGGGCUCGCAUGUCUGUGAAACCUGCCAGGCAGAGUUUGCACAGCUGGCAGACUUGCAGGAGCACGAGAAGCAGCAUCCCAAGCCGAGGCCUCAUGUCUGCAACAGCUGCGGCAAAGGCUUCCUCAACAAAUCUGGACUGCGUAAACACCAGAAGAUCCACUCCACCAGCAAGCCUCACAGCUGCCCCCACUGUGGCAAGGCUUUCCUGUUUGCUGCCUACCUUCGCAAGCACUUAAGGACUCAUGCAGAUGCUGGCUCAGUAGCCACGCAAAUCAGCGACAUAAACAUUAUUCACACUGACCCGCUUCCCUCUCCUCCGCCACCCAGUGAGGUUUCCCCCUCCACUGUUGAACCCAGCGCCAUUUCCCUGACAGUUCCAGUGACUGUACCUGUGACUGCUUUUCAGACUCUGCCAGAGUAUUUAGUCAAAGAAGAGGGACUGUAAGCUUUUUUUUUUUAGCACUUUUGAAUUUUGGUUCCGCUAAAUAUUUAGCCAGUGGCCUUAAAUCUUUUUAGAUGAUGGCUCUGAUGAAGUGUUAUUUUACAAGAAACUUUUUUUUUUUUUU